AUGCCAGGGGGCCUGCAUCCACCGCUGUCGGUCAUGGAGUCAUGGCCCGCGCGCAACACCAUCAAUCCGGAAUCCCAUGGUUCAGCGUCCAUUGUGCUUCCUGCUAUCUUCGGAUCCAUCGCCGUCACGGCAGUCAUACUUCGCCUCUGGGCACGCUGCGUCAUUCAGCGACAGGGAAAACUUGAUGACUUCUUCAUCGCAUUAGCACUCGAGCCUACAACUACGGCGAAAACCACCACGUAUGGGACAACACGCUCCCCCAACUCCUCCAGUCGCGCAAACUCGCCAUCGCGCAAGAACUCUUCUACAUCCUCGCCUCGUGCUUCACCAAGAUCUCCGUGCUACUUUUCUACCGCCGCAUGGGCCACCGCACCACCAUCUCCCCUCGCUUCCUCAACAUCAUCUACCUCAGCAUCGCCAGCGUAG